AUGAUGUUCAACAAUAAACCAUCAUGUUCGUUGGUGGAACAGAAAAAAAUGCAAUGGGCUCGAGAAAGAGAGGAAUUGGCUCGUCUAGGAAUGCCUUGGGAUAUGCCCGUAUGGAACUCCGAAAGAUUGUCAAACAGAUCUCGUUACACUUCGGCCAGCGAUUUAAGCAGCGUAGUAUCUGCCAAUAGGUCAGAAGUAGAAACAACAAAAUAUUACGAUAUAUCCCCUAAUAAUAUUCCGAAUCAUAGACCGACAAGGAGCCCUAGUUUGCCGCCCCUGGCUCGGCACCAAGCCGAAGGAAACGUCGCCGAAAAUACAGAUACGCAGAGUUACGAUGUUGAGACUGAUAUAACUAUCGAGAGGCAAACUGAAAAUAGAAUAUACAGUUCACCAGAAAUCUCAUCACAAUCUAGUGGAAGCAUUCAUGCACCCAUGAUGCCUACUGCAACAACCACAACCAGACCGAGAUGGGAUGAUCGAGGGUCCAGACAGAUGCCAAGACGCAUGAUGAGCACCUCAUCCUCCUGUUCGUCUCUGGUUGCAGCAAGUGCAUCAGGAGCACCAGAUUGGCUGGACAGAAGUAGCAUUGCCGCUUCUGGUACGGAGCAGGAGGACGAACCAAGGACUCAUUUGAGAGGUCAAAACGUGCCCCUGGAUUCCAUGGUGUUGAUGGAACGCGAAGCAAAAAGGGCGCAAGCUUUAAGGGUGCAGGCUGAAGUUUUGAAGCAAUUGAAGGAAAGGGAAGAUAGAAAACGAGAGGAGUUGGAGAGGAAAAAAAUUGAGGAACGGCAAAGGGAUAAGCAGUUGGCAGAGCAAAGACAAAGAGAAGAUGAUCAAAGACGUCGAGAAUUGAGAGAACGUGAAGAAAAACAAGCUCGUGAAGACGAAAGAAGACGAGCUGCCGAAGAAGCUUUAAAAAAGGCUGCUGAAGAAGCUGAAAAGCGAAAAAAGGAACGUAGGAAAUCUAGUAGACGAAGCAACGACCAGGUUGAUUCUGCUUUUGAGUCAGGAGCAUCUACUGGAAGCAGAACUCCGAACGAGCCUCAAACUAAUACAGUACUUAUAGGAUCACCUAUAAAAUUGCGAAAAACGCAAAAACCUGCAGCCAAUGAAGAAACUACAGCAGAUACCAAUAAAAACCAAGAAGAAAUUCCUGAUCAAAACGUAGAACCAACAGACAAUCAAACUAAACCCUUGAUAAUUCCAAAAUCCCAAACACCAGUCAUAAACUACAUACAUCCAAAUAUUUCCACAUACGUAGACAAUAAUGUAAACUCAUCAGAAUAUUACCAGCUUUUGAGACCUCCAGAUGUUAUGGUGCAAUCUGCACCACCAGUACCAAAUGUCCAGAUACUGUCAGCACGAGAACAAUUGGCUUAUGCUCCAAAUUUUAUGCAAAACCAACAAAUUUAUCACGAAAUUCAGAAAGAGUCAUCACAAAACGUUAGCAAGUUACAGAGUAGUUUGGAAUCUUUACAACUGGCGUAUACACCAAAUUUUAUGGCUCCUAAUGUGCAACCUCAGAUAGUUUAUACAGUCAGAAAUUUGGGAAACGAAUUUAUCCAAAAACCUGAUUCAACACCACAAAAUACUGCCAACUUACCUCCAGAAUCUUCACAAAUAGUUUCACAACCACCUCAGAACCAAGAAUUAGUUAUCCCAAAUCCCUUACCAUCCCCCAACACUAGCUUCCAACCCUACCACAAAGACUUUUACCCUCAUCAGGCAAUACUACCACGAUAUGCUUCUGCAGGAAGUCUUUGCCACGUGGCUUGUGGCUCCGACAGACCCUUGACGCCUUCCAAAUUCAGGUCAGGACAACUCAAGGAAGCAUGGACUCAGACUGAUGAAAAAAAUAAAAGAAGAUCGGUUUCUUCUUCUGAUGGCGGUGCCAGCAGUGUUAGAAAUAAUAGUAAAAGGAGACCUUCGAAUGAGAGGCCUAAAUGGGGUGCUAAUAGACCCACUGUGAGGUACGUGACUCAGAGUGAAAAGGAUCCUUUUUAUGAAUUGAGGAGGAACAAUGGAGGACGUAGGAAGCAUCGCCAGAUUAGACUCAGAAGGGCUUAUGAAAUACAGCAAGAGUACAGCGUGGAUGGUUCCAGCGAAGACGAUCAGCCAAACGACGAAGUCUUCUCAAAAUCCACAUCAGACCAAUCUUCAAACACAGAAACACCAUCAAAAACCCAAAAACCAAAACAGAUUUCAAGAAACAUCAUCCACCAGACCACAGAAAUCGUACCCCUGGUCCGUACUUCAUCAGGUCUCACCAGGAAGGACAGACUGGACGAGCAGAAUGAAAACCAGAAGAAAAAAUCUUCGAGGAACAGAAAGUGGUCUAGUGGAAGUUCCAGCGAUGUGAUUUUGGAGCAGCUCAUGACCGGAUCUGGUGUGUGGAAAAAUAAAGGGAUUGUUACCAGGAACGGUUGGAGAAAAAUUGAGAAAAAUGGAGGCAGUGAUGAGGAUUUGAGGACUAUUGAACGGUUGGAAAUAGAAGAUUGA